ACUUUUGCCAUUACGUCAUUGAACUGCAUCCAAUGAGAAGGCUGUAUGUAGUUUCAGGGGCGUGACCUCAACAUUCCUCUUGUUUCCUGGGCUGUUCAAUGAGGAAGACAACAAAAGGAGCUCCAGUCAGUCAGCUGUUAUCUACAAACGCUCUCUGUUACAGUGUGUGUUGUCUAUAACUUAAAGGUGGUUCUGAAUCAUGUGGCCAAGUCAAGGGCAUCCUCCUCCAAUGGCAUCCACAAACCCUGCCUAUCCUCCUGGUUUCAGCUAUCCGUCCACCCCUGCUGCCCCAGGAGCGUUUCUCCAGCCUCCAAACACCUCUUAUCCAGCUGGUCAGUAUCCAGCUGGUCAGUACCCACCUGGUCAUUACCCAUCUGGUCAGUACCCAAUGGGACAGUACCCAGCGGGACAGUUUCCACCUUAUCAGUACCCAGGAAUGAUGCCAAAUCCAGGGACCGUGCCUUAUGGAGCUCCAGGGGCUCAUGCUUAUUCCACUGCCCCAGGUGGAUACCCUGGGUGUGUUCAUUCUGGUCCUUUUCCACACUCUUCAAAAGGAUAUCACUUUGGUGGUUAUAAAGGUUAUAAGGGUUAUAAUGGUUACAACAGAUAUCCUCAUCAUCACCACGGGAUUUACCCCGCGUCUGGAGGGUUAGCAGCAGGCGUGGUAGCAGUCGGAAUGGGGCUGAUGGGUCACAAAGCCCACAAAAAGAUGAAGAAAAGGAUGAAGAAAGCACAUAAGGGACACAAGUAUUGGCAUGGCAAGUCAUCCAGCAGCAGCAGUGACUCCGACUGAUUAUCACACUUUAAGGUUCCCAAAGAGGAGACUGAGAGUUCCUGGCUUUUUACUGCAACGACUACUGUUACACAUAAAUGAUGAUUGUUUACAUUCUGUGGUUCCACGACACACAAACAGAUCCACAUGUUGCUGAAUUGCAAAAUAACAAAAUAAUAUGGUAUAAUUGUAAACUCAUUGUUACAUUAUGUCUGGUUUUGAACACAGUCAUGCACUUUUAAGUUUAUAGCAUAAACUUUCUUUACUAUACCUACCAUUGUGUGUGUGGAGCAAACAUUCCACAGUUUUGUUUUCACAGCCCAGUCAGAGUGGCACAUGGGCCAGUCAGAACUAUGACAAAGACUUACAUACUAUGAUGGAAUGGAAUAAAUAUAUAUAUGACAAGUAAAUAAAAUAAAAUAAAAUGUGAUAUUGUUCUGAAUGUUUUACCUGGUGAAAUAAAAACUAAAUACAUGUUUACA